AUGCUGGCUUCCGCCGACAUCGACACAUGGGGCGCACAGCUCACAGGCAUGGACCCAGUGUUCGUGCUGGGCCUGAGCACAUUGGCUGUGGCAGGAGGGGGCUGGCUUUGCGGACCAAGUUUUGGAAGCGGUGCGUUCGGGAUGUGGGUGUCGCGGCGGGGCUGGAGCAAGGCUUUCCAAUUGAAGGAGAAAUCGUUCUAUGACCGCAUCAGGCAGAAACGUGCGGAUCCGUCGUCGUCGAGCCCGCAGAAUCCGAUACCCGAUUACUACGGCGAGAAGAUCGCGAGCGUCAAGGACUACAGACGAUGGAUGAAGGACCAGCGGGCGUUCAAGCUGAAGAAGAAUAAGAAUUUGUUUUGA